CCUCACAAUCUCAGCAAGAAUGUCUUCCCCGACAUCCCCAAAAAGUACAAGGCAGUCAUCUACGACGAACCCGGCAAAAUCAGCACAAAAGUAGUCGAACUCGACACACCCACCCCCGGUCCCGGCGAAGUCCUGAUCAACCUCACCCACAGCGGAGUAUGCCACUCAGACAUGGGCAUCAUGACCAACAGCUGGAAAGCCCUGCCCCAUCCCACCCAACCCGGACAAGUGGGUGGCCACGAAGGAGUGGGCAAGAUCGUAGCCAUGGGUCCCGGUACCGAGAAUGCUGCUGUCAAAGUUGGCCAAAGGGUGGGUGUAAAGUGGAUCAGUGGGAUUUGCGGUGGUUGUCCUGCGUGUUUGAGUGGACAUGAUGGUGUGUGUUUUAAUCAGAAGGUUAGUGGGUAUUACACACCUGGCACGUAUCAGCAAUAUGUUUUGGGGCCUGCGGAUUAUGUUACUCCUAUUCCUGAUGAGUUGGACUCGGCUGCUGCUGCUCCGAUUUUGCCUACUUCUCUUACCCUUCUAACAACGGUACUAAACAACACAAUAGNNGCUCUGCGCAGGCUCUACUCCGCCUUCCGCAAAUCCACCGCUCAAUCCGGCGACUUCGUUGUCCUGCUCGGCGCAGGUGGUGGUCUCGGACACAUUGCCACGCAGAUGGGUUCUCGCGGCAUGGGCAUGCGCAUCAUCGGCAUCGACCACGGCAGCAAGAAAGACCUCGUACUCCAAAGCGGCGCCGAGCACUUUAUCGACCACACCACUUCCUCCGACGUUGCUGCCGAUGUCAAGAAACUGACCGGAGGAUUGGGUGCUCAAGCCGUAUUGGUGUUGACUGCAGCCAAUGGUGCUUACGCUAGUGGCAUGCAAUUGCUCAAGUUUGGCGGUACAUUGGUUUGUGUGGGAUUGCCUGAGGGCGCAUUGCAGCCUAUUGCAACUGCUUUCCCACAAGUCAUGGUAGCCAUGGAGCAGAAGAUUGUAGGUUCUGCCGUAGGAAACAGAAGGGAAGCGAUUGAGACCUUGGACCUGGCUGCCAGAGGUAUUAUCAAGACACAUUUCAGAACGGCGAAGAUGGAAGAUUUGACUGGCAUCUUUGAGGAGAUGGACCAGGGCAAGAUUCAGGGUAGAGUUGUUUUGGACUUGCAG